GAGUAAGUAAGUGAAGAGGAUGUAUCAAACCCAAGUAACUGUGAAAAGAUGGCCUUCUCGUCUCCAACAAACUUCCUUGGUUUGGACGUCAAGUUACCUCUCCACCUUCUUCUGUGACACCUUCAUCUCAACCACCUUCAUCUCAUAUCUCUCAUCCUCCCCUCAUUUCUGAUUCACCAUUUUUCUCCACUUUUCCAUAUCCUCAAAUCCCAAAUUUCGAUCUCCAAAAAGCUUCCAUUUCUGCAAAUAUCAAUCCGAAAUGGUACCGAUACUCACUCCAAAACCCAACGAUUCAGUGCCCAUUCCCGCAAAUGAAGAAGACGAUCAUCCCAGCGCCGCCACCGCCGCUCUUCUACCACCCUUCUUCUCAGACUCUUGCCCCUCAAAUUCAAACCCUAAACCGGCUGCCAUCACCCUCAUCUUCAUCUCCCUCCUCCUCUCCACCUGCAUUGCCCUCGCCGCCGCAGCCGCCUUCGCCUUCCUCUUCUUCCGCUCCGCCUCUAAUCCGCCGCGGGAGGUGGCGAGGCCGCUCGCGAAGCUCAAGAGCCCCGUCGUCUUACUGAUUUCAAUGGAUGGAUUCAGAUUCGGAUACCAAUUCAAGACCGACACUCCCCACAUCCGUAGAUUGAUCGAGAAUGGGACUGAAGCUGACCUAGGUUUGAUUCCCGUGUUUCCAACUCUUACUUUCCCCAAUCAUUACUCCAUUGUCACAGGCUUGUACCCUGCUUAUCACGGAAUUGUGAACAAUUUCUUCACCGAUCCCGCCACCGGCGACUUCUUCACAAUGGCUAGCCACGAGCCCAAGUGGUGGCUCGGUGAGCCGCUGUGGGAGACGCUGGCGAAUCGCGGCUUGAAAGCCUCUACUUAUUUCUGGCCUGGCUCUGAGGUAGUGAAGGGCUCUUGGAACUGCUCUACUGAAUACUGCAUGGUUUAUAAUAGCUCUGUGCCUUAUGAAGAGAGAGUUGAUACUGUUUUGAGAUACUUUGAUUUGAACAGUAAUGAGAUUCCUUCGUUUAUGACAUUGUAUUUCGAGGAUCCCGAUCAUCGAGGCCAUAAGGUUGGCUCCGAUGAUCCAAAGAUAACGGAGGCGAUUGCGAGGGUUGAUAGCAUGAUUGGGAGGUUGAUUAGUGGUUUAGAAAAGAGGGGUGUUUUUGAGGAUGUGAGUAUCAUUUUGGUUGGUGAUCAUGGGAUGGUUGGGACUUGUGAUAAGAAGCUGAUAUAUCUAGAUGAUCUUGGGAUACCCAAGGACUGGAUUCAGUCGUAUAGCCCGCUGCUUGCCAUCCGCCCACCAUCUGGCUAUUCGCCUAAGGAAGUUGUGGCGAAGAUGAAUGAGGCUCUCAAGUCGGGGAGUGUAGUGAAUGGUGAGUAUUUGAGGGUUUAUGUCAAGGAGGAUCUGCCUAGGAGGCUGCAUUAUGCGGAUAGUGAUCGUAUCCCUCCGGUUAUAGGCUUGGUGGAUGAGGGGUUUAAGGUGGAGCAGACGAGGUUAAAGAGGCAAGAAUGUGGAGGAUCACAUGGAUAUGACAAUGCAAUCUUCUCCAUGAGGAGUGUUUUCAUUGCUCAUGGACCUCGAUUUGGUAGGGGGAGGAAGGUCCCUUCAUUUGAGAAUGUUCAGAUAUACAACUUGGUUACGAGCAUUUUGAACAUUGAUGGAGCUCGAAAUAAUGGAACAGAGUCUUUUCCCUUGAAAGUUCUUCUACCUAGCCAUUGAGAUCAUUAGUUGUUUCUCGUGCUCAAUGAAGUGGUUAGGUUGUAAUCCGGUGCCAGAGUGGCGAAUUAUGCCAUGUACGCUGAUGAGUAGUAUUCUUGAUGGGACAUGGCUGGUGAUUCAGAUGAUACAAUGGAGUUUUGCCAAGAGAGAGAUAUGUGGCUUAGGUUAUGCUUUAAGCUUAUGAAAUAAGAUGCUCGAUUCAUACGCUUGAUGGCCCUCAGCCAUGGCAACAUUUUUCAAGUAUAGUUUCUCAUGCUGGGACAGUUUUAUACUUGCUGAAGUGAAUAUAUAGCAAUCCGAAAUGACACGAAGCUCUCUGCAGAAACCGGCAUCCGUUGUGAUGGUUGUGCUUUGCUUCGGUGGAUGAGGAAUGUGAAAGUGUUAACUAAUUGAAGUGCAUCUGCAAGUUAGAACUUUGAAUCAAAGCAUCUUGGUUUUACUGAAUUUUCAACUGAUCAGGGAUUUUCUGGUUGAAUCCUUAGGUUUGAUAUUAAACCUUACAAGUGAUGAUGCUUUUUGCAGUUACAUUCAUCUACUUGAUCACUUGUUUCUAAAUUGAAUUGAAUGUUGAGAUCCUAGUAAAAUGUAUGAAAAACUUAAGUGAGUUUGCUAUGUAUAUAUGCAGUUGCUGCGAAUCGUGCAGAAAGGUCUUCCAGCCUUUGGUUGUAGCCUCUCUAUAACUCUAGAAUAUAUCCAUAUAUACAUGUAUCCAUACAUUAUUGCAAGUCGGUAUUAAAACUUUUUCAGAAUAUUAAUGGAUUUUGGAUGCACUUAUUGAUUUAAGGUGAA